AUGAAUUCACUUUCGCAACUUCGACGUCCAGCAAGCUCCCUCCUCCGAUGCCUCGAACGGGAAUGUUCCUACAGACCAGCAGUCUCGGCCACGCGGUCGUUCCAUACUUCGUCCUCGAGCCGUGAAGAAAGAGGCAAGGAUGACUCACAAGGAAACCUCUCUUUUAGAGGCCAGCUAUAUCAAAGCACCGCAGAGAGGCUGAAGCGCGAAAGAGCCUCGGAGGAGAACUAUAUACGAGCCCAAGCGCAAAGAGGUGGAGGUGCUGCGGGCAGGACUCUUGGGCUGAGCUUUGUUAUCCUCUCGGUCGCAGCCGGAGCAUACUAUCUCGGAACAAAAGGCGAGAAAGCGCCUGAAGUAUUUUCGACCACACCUCUCUCGAGAGCACAGCCCCCUCAGCACGAUACGCGAACGUCGAACUUGCAAGCUGCUUGGGUAGACUUUGCUCAGAUUGUGGGCAAAGACAACGUCUCUACAGUCCCCGAUGACCUCGAAGCGCAUUCCGGCUCAGAAUGGUCAUCCUACACGACCAAACCUAACGAAGUUCCCUUUGCCAUUGUCUACCCUGCGACGACCGAGGAAGUCUCCAAGAUUAUGAAGGUAUGCCACGAUCGGAAAAUCCCCGUCACGGCGCUGUCCGGCGGCACCAGUCUGGAAGGCCACUUUGCACCCACAAGAGGAGGCAUUUGCAUCGAUAUGGGCAGAAUGGACAAAAUUCUUGAGUUCAGUCCUCAAGAUCUCGAUAUCGUGGUCCAGCCAGCCCUCGGCUGGGAGGAUCUCAACGAAGAGCUCAAAGCCCAUGGCAUGUUCUUCCCACCGGAUCCAGGCCCAGGCGCCAAAAUCGGAGGCAUGGUUGGUACCGGCUGUUCGGGGACGAAUGCUUACAGGUACGGAACGAUGCGUGACUGGGUGGUCUCUCUCACCGUUGUCCUCGCGGAUGGAACUGUCAUCAAGACCAGACGCCGACCUCGGAAAUCAAGCGCCGGCUACAACUUGACUCAGAUGUUCAUUGGCAGCGAAGGUACUCUUGGAAUCGUCACUGAAGCGACACUGAAGAUCACUGUACUGCCUAAGAGCCAGUCCGUUGCUGUUGCCACUUUCCCCACCAUCCAUGCCGCUGCUGAAUGCGUUGCACGAGUAGUCGGUGAUGGUAUUCAGCUUGCAGGAAUGGAAAUUUUGGACGACGUCCAAAUGCGCUGUAUCAACAAAAGCGGCAUGACCAGCAGACCGUGGCAGGAAGAGCCUACAUUGUUCUUCAAGUUUGCCGGGACGCCGGAUGGUGUCAAGGAGCAAAUCAAGAUCGUCAGGAGCCUCGCCAAAAGUACACAAAACAAAAGCUUCGAGUUCGCGAAGAACGACGAUGAGGCGUCCGAGCUCUGGAGUGCUCGAAAGGAAGCACUGUGGAGCGUCAUGGCUAUGCGCAAGAACAGCACCGAUCACGUCUGGACUACGGAUGUAGCCGUUCCCAUUAGCAGGCUAGCCGACAUCAUCCAGGAGACUCACGACGAUGUGGCUCGCAGUGGAUUGAUUGGCGGUAUCUGUGGCCAUGUGGGUGAUGGCAACUUUCACACAAUUUUACUCUACAACGAAACCGAAAAGAAGAUUGCGGAAGACUUGGUUCAUCGCAUGCUUCAACGUGCUAUAGCCAUGGAUGGCACCAUCACGGGCGAGCACGGCGUCGGCUUGAAGAAGCGUGAAUAUCUCCGUGAGGAACUUGGUGAAGACACUGUCGACGCAAUGCGCAAGCUUAAGCAAGCUUUUGACCCUCUUGGCCUUCUGAACUGCGACAAGAUCGUCCAGAUCGAAGCGGGCCAUUAA